GUUUCUGCUUUUGUUUACAUCGCGGUUGGACGCGUCCGUUUUGGUUUUCGGUCGAAUAUAGUUUUUAAUUUCGUAAUUCGCCGGUAGUUUUUGUGAAAUACCGGAAAAUCACGAUUCGCAGGUCAGCCGCACGUUUCCACGAUGCUUUCGUUCCGGCAGCUGGUGUGUUUCAUCCUUUCGCUGCUGUCGUUCCUGUCGGUGUUUUACUCGGUGGGUAAGCUGGGCGUUUUCCUAGCCACGCCCGUCAUCCAGCAGCGCGACUUCCGCCAUGUCCUGCUGACCACCCUGCUGGACGAUCGUGGUCUGCUGAAGGCCACGCUUUUCUCGCUGUGCUUCAAUUCGGUGUGGAUUGUGUUGUUUGUGAUCCAACAUAGUGCCAUGAAGGCGGACGUUGUCAAGCGAUUCUGGCGGAAGCUGGGAUUGGAGAUGGCCGAACGGAGCGUUUAUAACAUUGGUACGGCCUAUUGUUUGCUGAUCAUGCUGAAGAACUGGAAGACGACACAAUCGUACCAGCUAUGGUAUGUGGAUGUCGAAUCGAGUCCGGUUCUGUGGUGGACCUUCGUGUCCGCUCAUAUCGUAUCCUGGGUGGUGAUCUACGGAGGCAGCUUGCUGAUGGACCUUCCGGAGCUGAUUGGGUUGAAGCAGAUUUACUACGAUGUGAACGAUUUGGCUCCUCCGAUGAGCUACAAAUCGCGGGAACUUCGCAGCUUCUACGGCCGGUUGAGACAUCCAUCCUUUGUGGGACUCUCAGUGGUGCUGUGGAUCACUAAUUCAAUGAGUCUGGACCGCCUUCUGUUGGCCAUCAUUUGGAGCACCUACAUGUAUCUGUCCUGGAAUACGAAUAAGACUGAUCUCGAAUACCAGAAAUACCAACUCGGCCGCAAAAAGGUUGAGUUGACCAACGUUCAAGAGUAAAUUAAUUUGUAUGGCAUUAUUGUACCUAUGUCUCGAACAUAGAUGUAUUCAAGCAUAUUUAGUGAUGAAGCUAACGCAUGUCAUACGUUUCGCAUUGUGUUCGACUAACUUAGAUAUUACUACUACUAAACCAAACGCCAGUUUUUUCAUGUGUUUUUUUUUUUUCUUUAUUUGAUUAACUUAAAUGUACGCACUAAACUGAAAA